CCCUGUCCCUUCUCCCUUCCAGCCCAGACCCUCGGCCUCGCUGGUGAGUCCUCGGGGGAUGCCAUGUCCCCGCCCCGCUGUCCCCAGCCCCGUGGUGGCCCUGGCAGGCUGGUGUCCCCUGUCACCCGCAGGUGCCCAGACCCCCCAGCUCCUGGUGGAGCCCCCCUGGACGCCGGCGGUGCUGUGGGACCGGGUGACACUGACCUGCCAGGGCUCGGGGACCGCCGGUGCCACCACCUGGUACAAGGACGGGCGGCGCUGGUGGCAGGAGGGACCCGACAGCUUCACUGUCACCGAGAGUGGCACCUACCAGUGUCAGAGACCCGGGACCGGGCUCAGCCCCCCCGUGACAGUCUCAGAUGUGCCCGUGGCCAAUGCCACCAUCACCCCCGGUCCCCCGGCACUCCAGGUGACACCACUGCUGGAGGUGACACCACAGGGAACCACUGGACACCGCUGGAACACAGUGGCCGCAGCCCUUGGCGGGUCCCUCCUCUUCCUGCUCCUGCUCGUGGCUGGAGCUGUGGGCUGGCACCGGUGGAACAGCAUGGCUGCCAGGAAGCAGCAGGAAAGCGUCCCCCCGUGCCACCACACUCCAGGAUCCCCAGGUGACCUACGCGGAGCUGGCAGCGACCCAUGGGCGACCGCGGGAAUGCGGGGACAUCUACAUGAAUGUGCUGUGACACUCGGGGCACUGGGGGCACUGGGGACACUGGGGACCCCACCCAUGGGCACCACACUUGUAGUCCCCCCACUGCUCCCAUGGGUGCCCAACAUUCACGGGUAGGUGGCACAAUUGGGGGUCACGUGUGAGGCUGCACAGAGCACCCAGAGCUCCCCAUGACCCCUGAACCCCUCAAGGGCUUCCCCACCCUCCUUCCACUCCACCAGUGGCUCCCCAUUCCACAUCCAAGUGCUCCCAGACCCUCAGACACUUCCCCAUUCCCUCCCCACUAGUGCUCCCAGUACCCCCAAGGGCUCCCUAUUUCCCCUCCCAGUGCCUCUCCAUUGCUCCCAGUAGAUCCAGCUGCUUCCCAUUCUCUCUCCCAGUCCCCCUGUACUCCCAGUGCCUCUGCAAUGCCCCUCCCAGCACUCCCAGUACACCCACGGCUCCUCAUCUCUCCUCCCAGUGCCAGGGGAACACAGGACUCGUUUCCCUCCUAUUGGCACCAAAAUGCAGCUUUUUGGUUCAACUGGCACAGAUGGUGUUUCUUUGUUCAGCUCUGUCGGGCUUUAGGAAUGGGAUUCUCCAAUUUGGGGCUGCCACUACAAACCAGUGCUCUGGAUUCCCUUCUCCCCUGUCUCAAACCCCUCCUGUGCCGUGUUCCCCACACCAUGAUGUCACAAAGGCCCUGGGGGGUUCCGCAGCCUCCCCCUUUUCCAGGGCAGUGGGGAUCAGGCCAUGGCACAGGGUGGGGUGUGAGGGACAGGAAAAGUUGGAUGUCUGGAGACAUUUUGGAACAGCUGUGUGUGGCAGGGCUGGGUCAGGCCUUGCUUUUGGUGACACAGGGCCCGUGUGUCAGUCAGUCUGUCAGCCAUGGCACACUGGGGACAGGGUGACGCUCUGCCAAACCCAGCUCCUGAGUGGCCGAGGGACCAGGAGUCCAACACUGGGAGAGGACCCUUGGUGGCCCAAGGGCUUAAAAGGCAGAGCAAGAGGUGGCCAAGUGUGUGACCCUGUCUGCUCUUGGAGUGUCUGCCCCAUCCAUGCUGGAAUCCAGGAGUUGGAAACUGCCUUGGGUUAAAAGAGAAACGUCUGCCAAGGAAAGCAGGAACCUUCGGAACCUUGCUGGAAUGGAAAGAGGACCAGUCCCUCCACAUUGAGAUAACUGUGAAA